UCACGACGCGCCCCUGAGGGGGAAAAGGGAGAGAUGGAGACGUGGCAGCUCGUGCGUGCGCUCUCUCUCGCAGCGGAGGACCCCGAGCAGCUGCUUCCCUCCCAAGCCUAAGCAUGAAACCUGGGAAAUUUAAGGGACAUCAUCAAUAAGGGACAGCAGCAGGACACGGUGCUGGGAUAAGGGAGUUUCCCGCCAAAUAAGGGACGGUUGACAGCUAUGGUGUCACGGGGUCUACGGGGUCAGAGAUGGGAAGCAGAGCUUCUGGAUUCCUUGAGUCGGGAAUGAAGGGGGUGCAUUCUGCUCCAAGCAGUGUAUCGCCAUGGUGACCGAUCCCCUCUGGGCACCUACCCCAUGGAUCCCCACAAAACGGCACCCUGGCCACAAGGCUUCCAGCAACUCACUGAGGUAGGUAUUUUGCAGCAGAAGGCACUGGGACGAUUCCUCAGAGAGAGAUAUGCUGGCUUCCUGAGUGCAUCCUACAAACCACAGGAGAUCUAUAUCCGCAGCACAGAUUACGACCGCACCCUAAUGAGCGCCCAAGCCAACCUGAUGGGGCUCUAUCCAAGCUCAGAUCCAGAGAUCAGCUGGAGACCUGUUCCCAUCCACACUGUGCCUACUAAGUAUGAUAAGCUGCUGAAGCCGCCAACCCGGAACUGCCUACGAUACCAACAGCUGAUGGGAGAGACAAUUAAUUUGCCAAGCUAUCAGGCUAAAAUGGAGACCUGGAAGGGCUUUAUGAGAGAGAUGGCAAACCAUACAGGGCUUAAACAGGAACAGCUGACCCUGAGGGGCAUUUGGAGGGUCCACGACUCCCUCUUCUGCCAGAAAACACACAACCUGACCUUGCCCAGCUGGGCCACGCCACAGGUCCUGGCCACCCUUUCAGAGAUGGAAGCAUUCAAUGUCGAAGCCCAUGUGGGAAUGCAUGCAAGCCAGGAGAAGGCCCGAUUCACUGGAGGGAUAUUACUUGGCGCUAUCCUGAGCAACUUCUCCAAAGUAGUGUGCCGAGAUCUGCCCCUGAAGAUGAUCAUGUAUUCUGCUCACGACAGCACCUUAAUCGCUCUUCAAGGAGCCCUGGGCGUUUAUAAUGGCCCCCCUCCACCCUAUGCUGCCUGUCAUGGGUUCGAGUUCUACCAGGAAAGCAAUAACUCCUUCAGUGUAUCCAUGUUUUAUCGGAACAAAAGCAGCCACCAGCCCCACACAUUAGCCCUGCCUGACUGCCCCACACCUUGCCCACUGCCUCUCUUCAUUCAUCUUACGAAGGCAGUCAUCCCGCUGGACUGGGAUGCCGAAUGCCAAAACCCUCAGGCAGGCACAGGUAAUGCAAGGUCUUUUCCCUCCCCCUGGGCACAGGUUCGCACUGACUCUCCCACUCACACCUGCUCAAUUCCUUUUGCAGGGCGCACCGUAACAGCGCUGGCUGUGGCAGUAGGCCUGCUGAGCACGGCAUUAAUAGGAGCAGGCAUAAUGUAUUGGAGGAGGUGAUGGGAAGAUGGGCUCAUGGCAACCACCAAUCACCCUCAUGGGAAGAGAGAACAGCCUCUACAUGUUGUGAAGUGUGGUCCAGUGGCUGGAGCCAAGGGGGGCAAACUCAGACUCCAUCCACAGAAGCUGAUGGUCCAAGCAGCACAGGCAAGAGGCACAUUUACUGUAGGGAAUUAUUAGGAGACUUAAAAAUAAAGCAAGUAGUGCAAUGAUUUGAGUACAACACUGUGUGUACCUUUCUGUCAGACAUGGCAAGGAAAUUCUUAUACC